GUGUCACGUAACCAACAAGCCCCUUCUCGGUCGCAUGGGAAACCCCGCGUACAGGUUGUGUGUCAUUUUCGCAGGGACUGGAGCUCGAGCCCGGUGAGGAGGGGGAUGGGCGCUUCUGCAAACGGAUCUACUGGACAGACUUAAUGGAUGACCUUUACUUUGCGUGGAUAUUGAAUUUAACUUUACGCCAAUGCGUGGAAACAGUGAGAAGUUUGUUUGUGAUCCAGAGAGAGGGAGCUACUUUUAACGGCAGACAUACGGGAGACUCCGAGGCCUUGUCACAGGCCUAGUGGGCUGCUUCAUGUUGGGAUAUCACAAAGGCUUUCCAUUGUACUGGAUUUUUUCCCACAUACAAGAUUUUGGAAUGUCCCUUUAGGUCCCCAAUGCCGGUGGGCCGUGGCGUGCGGCUCGGUGGCACCCACCCUUGGCGUGCUCUGUGGCUGUAGCUGGAACCCUGUGAUUCUUAACCUUUUUCCCUCCCCCCUGCCCUUGCUCUACCCCCCCUUCCCCACCCCUUCCUCCCCCCUCAUCCCCCUCCCAGAGCGUCGCUGUGCUGGACGUCAUGAGCAUAGUAAUCGCUCUGGGAGUCACUACGCCUGAAACGUCAUACUCAGACAUGGCUGCUGGAUCCGACCCUGAAUCAGUAGAAGCAAGUCCUGCAGUGAAUGAGAAGAACUACAACCAUAGCUGUGGGAGUGCACAGAGUCAUGGGUAUCGUGGUCUACCCUAUGCUAUGCAGCAGUCUUCCGUUGUGUGUUGCCAAGAUCACAACUAUGGUGCGCCUCCGCCCCCCACGCCACCUGCUUCCCCACUGUCCCAAACAAUCAUUCCCCGCAUGGAGCUCAACGGUGUGGUUAGAGCUUCUCGCUAUCACAAAUCUGCUGAGGACAACUCCGCAGACAGUGACAGCUCCUCUGAUGACGAGCUGCCCAACUCAAGCUGGUGUCAAUGUAGUCUGACAGCAGACAGUAUCCUCAUCAAGUGUGACCACUGCAGGGACCUUGACAGCUGUAAAAGAGGAAAGGGUCACAGAAAUCCUGAAAAUGUAUCUGCGGGAGAAAGCAGUGCUACUGAAAGUGGCGAUGAAGAGGUAUCCCCUUCAACUGUGUCCUAUACAGCCACUCAACAUACGCCCACCAGCAUUAAACUCACGGUCAACAGAGUCAAACGAAGUAAAUCCAAAAAGAGGAAGAAAAGCACAGAGAAGACUCGUGGUGUAGCCAAGGCCAAGAAGGUCAAGGCUUUCAGAGAGGGUUCCAGAAAAUCCAUGCGAAUGAAGAACUCAACAACAGAUGCUAGUGUGCUGGAUGAAAACACUUCAGAGGGGUGGGAGAGCAAAAUCCGCAAGUGGACAGACCAAUAUGAGGAAGCUCUGGCCAAUCAGUAUAGCGCAGAUGUGCAGUCACUCCUUCAGCACCACAGUGGCAGCUCCAGAGACUCUCAGUCCCCCUCCUCAUCACAAACAAGUCCAGCAGAGUUCAUAGACACUAUAAACCGGACCGCACUCUCCUGUAACAACACAGUCCUCGGCUCACAAAUGCAGCUGCAGUUGGGACGUGUUACUCGUGUGCAAAAACACAGGAAGAUUUUACGAGCGGCCAAGACUUUGGAGCCUGAUACCCUAAUUAUUGAGUAUCGGGGGAAAGUCAUGCUCAAACAACAAUUUGAAGUCAAUGGUCACUUCUUCAAAAAACCCUAUCCAUUUGUGCUCUUCUACUCAAAGUACAAUGAUGUAGAGAUGUGUGUUGAUGCACGUACAUUUGGGAAUGAUGCCCGAUUUAUCAGGAGGUCUUGCACACCCAAUGCUGAAGUUCGACAUAUGAUUGCUGAGGGUAUGAUUCACCUGUGCAUCUACGCUGUUAGUCAAAUCACUAAGGAUUCUGAGGUCACCAUUGGGUUCGACUUUGAAUUUAGUAGUUGUAAUUACAAAGUGGACUGUGCUUGCCAUAAGGGGAAUGAGAACUGCCCAGUACAGAAACACAACCUAAACCCCACAGAUAACCUGGUGAGUCCUCCGUCACUUUUACCUCCCACACCUCUGAUUGGAGCAGAAACCAGAAGGAGAAAGGCCCGAAGGAAAGAGCAAGAGGGCUCAAGUGGUGAUAUUAACCAGUCUCUAGACCAGCACCCGGAGGCCAAAGACGCACAAGGAGCCAGUGAUGCUGAGGAGAAACAAUUUGAAGAACUGAAGGCUGAAGAGAAAGACAACGAGCUGUUUGAAAACGGAGUGCCUGGCUCUAGUAAUAAAACGCUGAACAUUGCAGAUAGACGGCGGAGGAAAGCAGGCUUUGCCGAGUUGAAAGAAGAGUGUGUAGAAGCUGAUUCUCGGAGUGUGACUGCAGGAAAUCCAGCAGCUCCUACCACGGCAGUUGGAAUGAGCACACGGCGCACAACCUAUGUCACUGACCCAACUCCAACUGAUGACAAGACACCUCACAACCUGCCAGUCCCUGCUGUUGCAGCUAAACCUACACGACCUGCAAAGCCCAGGCCCAAAAGUCGAAUUUCUCGUUAUCGCUCCAGUUCAUCACAACGUGCACGUCGUCAGCGCCAGGCUCUGGCUCAACAGGCAGCAGCUGCAGUGGCAGCAUCUGGUGCUUUGGCUGAUCAGGGUGCUGCUCUAGAAGAGGAGGCAUCCCAGGGCCCCUAUGGUGCUGAACAGGGGGAAGGGGUUCUAGGUUCAGUUGGCCUUUUUGAUGGAGAUGGACAAGGUCCAAACUGUAUCCACAGAGGGAACUUUCGCUACCCUAAAACCAAGAAGUACUUGGUUACUGAGUGGCUAAAUGACAAAGUGCCUGGAGGUGAGAAGGUGCCCCAGGAGUUGCCAGUUGAGCGUCCUUUGAGGAUAACCACAGACCCCACAGUUCUGGCCACCACUUUGAAUAUGCUGCCAGGCCUGUCUCACACAUCCAUGAUCUGUACCACUCCUCGACACUACAUCCGCUUCGGCUCACCCUUUAACCCCGAGAGACGCAGACCCCGUCCACUCCAGAUGGAUGGCACUUAUGGCUGUUACAAGAAGAGGUGGAUAAAGCAAAUGGAAGAUGAGAGCUGCUCUGUCAGUGUUGAAGAUGGAACAGAAUCCACCUUGUCUCAGAAAAGUACGAGUAGCAGGUCAACCCCCAACCCACUGUCCACUGAGGUCAAUGCCCCAAUUAAAAAGCGCAGGUCCAAGUAUCUGACUGAAUCAACACCAGCAACAUCUUCGGAGCAUUUACUCCGGCCCUUGUCACCCAUCACCCCCCCUCCUCCAGAGGACCCUCCUCAUCUUCUGCUCCACACGCCUUGUCUAUCCAACGGCCUUCCCUACUCCCCCAUGCCCUCACUGCCGACCAGCCGCUGCAACACACCACUGCAGUUUGAGAACAUAUCGUCACCGGAGGCAUCUCCAGUCCACAGGCCAGAGUCCAUAUCACCUGAGCCCUGUGUGCAAGCAGACUAUGAUAUUUCUCGACCGCAGUUUUUAGAGGUGUCCCUCUCCUCCAGCCUGGAGAGUCCAGCUGCUAUGAUGUCUGAUGAAUACUCCCUUCCUGGAGGUGCUGCAGGCCUUGAUUCUCAAGGCCCAGCAGUUGGAACUAAUUCAGUGAACCAAGCGUCUUGUCUGUCAUCGGACCUAAGCAGGGAGCAAACUUUCAAGACAGAAUUUAAUCUCAUUUAUACCUGCUCACCCCUCAAUGCAAACCUGGGAAAUACUGUGCCCACGGAACAGCGGCUCCCUAAAACAGAAUGCUUUUCCCCUGUAGAGUCUCUCCAUAGCUCUUUAAGUGGGCAUGGUCUCAUGGGGGACCAUGGGUCUAUGUCUCCGUAUGGGGACACUCUUUAUGGGGGAAUGUACCCAGACAGUGGCACGCCACCUCACAUGAGCAACCCGCCUCAAAAAAAGAAGGCAAGUAUUGUACUUUUUUUUUGGUUUGUUUGUGAAGUAAAACAAAUACUAUUGCAAUGAGAAUCUCUAAUUUAAAGUCAUUCACAUUGGUCAGAUGCUCCAACAUCGUAUUCUUAGUUUGCAUAAAUACUUUCUGUUAAGUGUUUGUGUAAAAAAUUCUGAUGACUUAUGUAAUGU